CGUAAAGGGCGGUGUCAGCAAACGAGGCGUAAGUGUUUUCCUACUGCCAACUUCUCCCAGCCAUUCAUUUUAGCCCGCACGCUGAGGGGACCAAAACAAAAGAGGCUGUCCAGGUGGAAUGAAACACAUGUGAAAUAUGAGGAGAGAGAUAGCAGCAGUGGUGUUCUUCCUGAAAAGACUUGUGAAAAAAGGGGAGAGGCUGGAAUCUCACAAGAUCGAGCUGUUUGUUGAGAGACUGGCUGUCGCACUACAGGAGAAGUUUAAAGGGCACUGGUACCCUGAAAACCCCAGCAAAGGACAGGCAUACAGGUGCAUCCGAGUGAACAGGUACCAUAGGCAGGAUCCAGAGCUCCUUCGGGCCUGCCAGGAAAGUGGGAUUCAGUACCGUGACCUGGGACUGCCUCGUGAACUAACGUUGUGGGUGGACCCUGGGGAGGUUUGUUGCAGGUAUGGUGAGCAUAAUCCUUUCUUCUCGGUUGCAACUUUCUCCAGCAAUGAUGAGGAUGACAAAGAUGUUGCAAAGAAGGUGACCAGUGCUCUGGAGAGGGUGACAUCCGACUACCAUUCAGGUUCUUCUUCUGACGAGGAGAGCACACGAGCCUCCCCUGUUACUAUCCUCAACAGGCACUCUGCUUACCAGACGAUGAAUCCAGCUGCUCCUACUUGGCAUCACAAAAAGAUGGCUCCAAGGAAAGGUCCAGUCCUUCCACUGCCUCACUACGGCUACAGGCCUCGCAACCGACACCCUCACACUUUGAGGCAAAACCUGUGGGUCCCUCCUGUCUACAGGGGAGGGCCUGGAUACUGGGACACAAACCAUAGUCUGGCAAAUUGUUACAGUUAGGAAUGAUUGCACUUAUUGUUCACACUGGACAUUAAACCUGAAGGCAACUUAAGAUGACUGACCAAUGUUUUUUUCUUUAAACAUGCAUUUUUAUAGCUUAAAUAUUGGUUGUUUUUGAGGGUGUUUUUGCACUUUUGACCAUUUGUUAUAGAUUGAAUAAAUCACUUGUAUUAAAUUAGAUAUUGAAAUUGGAAUACUAUAUGUGUAGUCUUGAAGUACUGUAUUUUUACUAUGGGAGACAUUCAUGUACGACACCUACCUGUCCUUUGUGAUAAAAUGUUUUAUUUAUUCAUAGUGAACAAUUGUCAGAUGUAUAGACUAAAAUUUAUGGAGUUUUAUUAAACAUGUCCAAGCAUCAUA